UUGUAGGUAGUACAAGAACUGAAAAAUAAUUUUUGGUUGCCAGUAUACCUGUAGUCGUUGCACUGAUCAGUCGAUAGUUUUGUGAUAAAUUAUUUCUCAAGUGAAUUAAAUUAUUAACCAUGGGACGUGAUUCUAGAAAGGUUUCAAGAGAACUUCGGAGUUCUGAAAAAAUUAAUAAGUCGCGUUCAGUCAAAAGAAAGAAUGUUUUUAAUCCGAAAACAGCCGAACGUGAUGAAAGUAUUCAGAGUACAUCUUCUAAAAAAUUAAAACAAAACACUGAAGAUGAUGUACCUGAAGACAGCAGUACUGAAUUUCGAAUAAUAAAUUUUAUUCAGGUAUUCACUGCAAUUUCUGCUCUUAUAAAAUGUAAAAAAUGUGAUGGAAAUGUAGUGUUUCAAACAGCAAGUACACGUGGGCUGGGAUUCAAAAUUGUAGUUGCAUGUAAUAACUGUGGAAAUGAAUAUAUUCCUUCCUGUUCUUUCGUUGGGCAUUCUUAUGAAAUAAACAGACGUUUCAUUUUUGUAAUGAGAAUACUAGGAAUAGGAUACGAAGGAUUGUGCAAGUUUUGCGGCCUGAUGGACAUGCCGUCUUUUUUAGAUAAAUCUACGCAUACAAUUUUACUGAAACAGAUUUUGAAUUGUAGUAAAGCCGUCGCAGAAACCUUCAUGACGAAAGCUGUGAAUGAAGAAAAGCAAGCAAUGCCAACAACUGAAAAUGAAGAUAUAAAUCAUCUAACUGUAUCGGGAGAUGGAACCUGGCAAAAACGGGGAUAUACAUCGUCAUUUGGAGUUUCUUCUAUAAUUGGCUAUUUUACUGGAAAGAUUCUUGACAUAAACAUUAAAAGUGCAUAUUGUAAGCUAUGUGAGUAUUGGAAAAAAAAAACAAAUACUGUUGAGUUCGAGGAAUGGUAUCAAUCGCAUGAAGAUGUGUGUUCUGCUAAUCAUCAAGGGUCUUCUGGGAAAAUGGAGGUGGAUGCGAUGGUCGAAAUGUUUUCGUAUUCUGAAACUAAAUAUGGAGUUAAGUAUGCCAACUAUAUUGGUGAUGGUGACUCCAAGACCUAUUCAGGAAUUAUAAAAUCAGAUCCUUACGAAAAUACAACUGUAAAUAAAAAGGAAUGUAUAGGGCAUGUCCAAAAGCGGAUGGGGAGUCGAUUACGUACGCUGAAGAGUAAACAAAAAGGUCUUGGUGGUCGAGGUAAGCUCACAGGAAAAUUAAUAGACAAACUAACUGUGUACUAUGGUUUAGCAAUACGCCGGCAUUGUGAUUCUAUUGAAAAUAUGAAAUCUGCUAUAAUGGCAACCUUUUAUCACUACGGCUCGAGUGAUGAAAAACCGAAUCAUGAUAUGUGUCCAAAAGGCGAAGAAUCUUGGUGCUCUUACCAGCGCGCUGAAGCAAGAGGAGAGCUUGAUACCUUUUCUCACGAUUAUUCUCCUUUACCUUCUGAUGUUUUAAAAGCUAUCAAGCCUAUAUACGAAGAUCUUAGUAAUGAAAAUUUACUUUCAAGAUGUGUAGGUGGAUUCAAUCAGAAUAAUAAUGAAAGCUUUAACCAACUAGUAUGGAAAAUAUGCCCAAAAACGGUAAAUACUAGUUUUACCAUCGUACAAAUAGCUGCAUACGUUGCUAUGUGUAUAUUUAAUGAGGGUAUAAAUUCAUUAUUAGUCUUGAUGAAUACACUAGGACUUAAUUGUGGGCCUAAUUCUCAUCGGUAUGCAGAAAGAAUGGAUGCUGCACGUAUCAAAGUAGCAGAUAAGCGCGCUAAUGAUAACACCCGAGAAGGUCGAUUGCAACGUAGGCACCAGCAAAUCGAUAUUUUGGAAGCUGCUAUGUCGGCUGAAGAGCUAUUAUAUGGUCCAGGAAUAGAUGACUCAGUAUGAAUCUCCAAGGACUUAUGAUGAUCACCGCAAAGGACUUCGGGAGGAACGGGCUCUACAAAAACAGCGAUAACUUUUUGAAUUAUUAAUUUUUUUUUUUGAAAUUUUCGUGAAGUCAAAUCGAAACGUGUUCUAAUAAAGCUAUGUUUUUAUUUUUGUCAAAUAAAGUAAUUAACUACAAAAAAAAAAUUAUUGAAAAUCAUCAUUUUUUCAUACCCCUGAG